AUGACUUCUCUAGUCCAUGAUGUUUCAGACAACUAUGGAGCUGAUGAGUGGCAAAAACAGCAGAGGCAAGGUGAACCAGAGGACCAGCAAGAAACCUCGGCUACUAGUACAGGUAGCCAGACAAUGAUAGCAACACCUCCAACAGAUUAUGAGACACCCUAUGCUAAUCUGGAUAUGGCCCAUGCAAUGCCUAAUCCCCUUGAGUCACGUCAUCAACCUAUGCACAACGACGAUCUCCUCCUCCGUCCCCCGUCAGAGGGCCGCACGUCGGGAGGGUUUCUUUCAGGUACUCCGCCAUACCUGCGACCUCAGAUCCCCCGCACCGGCGACCUGGGGUCUCUCCUCUCCUCAGCUAGCCCUCCGUGCUCCGGCAAUCUACGCCUCUCCGGCUUGAGGGAGAUCUUCACCCAGACCUCGCCCGCCGCACGGUCCAGCACGGUCCAGCCCCUAGCCAUUGCUCGGCGCCACAUUUUGGUUCUUGGAGUUGUUGCUGCAGGGGUCGUUAUUCUCUGCCUUCCUGCGCUUUCUAGGGCAUAUACUUUCUUCUCCAGUGUCGACGCGGCUGCUCUCAAAUUGGAGCAGCUGCAUGAUUUUGAUGGCUUGGUCUCGCGGUACAAUGAAGAGAUUGCCGGCGGCAGCGGAUUAUGGAUGACUAGAUGUGUCAUCGGCGGCGGCAUUUUGGCCGGGCUAUCUGCUAUCGUUGCGAGUUAUGUUGGAGAUCGCCAGGAGCCACCGAUGACCGUACGACCGCCGCCGCUGUUCGUACAACCGCCGCCGCCGUCGCCGCCUGAGAUCACCCAUCCAGGGGUUUAUUUCCUCGUCCUCCUCAUGGGCUUCGCCAUCAUCUGUAUAUUCUCUAUAUCAGCACUACGACAUCUGUAGAUGUAGGUCCUAGUUCAAGCCCUCCCUCCCUAGGUCCUUCACUGGUCCUCAAAAGUGUUUUGUUGUGAUUGCCCUACGACAUCUGGCUUUUUGGCCGGGUUAUCUGCUAUCUUUGUGAGUUUUGUUGGAUGUACGUGUUAGUGAUAUGAUCUGGAGACAAUCAUAAAGAUAAUGGUUGUAUCACAUAUACUGUGUUGACAUAUUUAUCAUACAUUAUUUUCUGAAUUAAAUAGAUGUAGUGAUUGCC